CGGGGAGGAGCAGAAGAGAGAGAGAGGGAGCAGUCCUCGUUCACCGGUUACUUCACCCCCUGGUCCCGGAGCUCCGAGACCCAGCCGCCGCUUGAACCAUGAGCUGCGCCGUGACGCUGCUGGCCCUCUGCCUCUCCAUCCGCAUCCACGCCUUGGUCCUCGACUCCAACACCAUCAGGAGCUCGGCCGAAAUUCAACAUACUCCCGCCCAUCAGGAGCCCCAGUGCGCGUCAGAUGCUGAGUGCGGCCCCCGGGAGUUCUGCCUCUCCUCUCGGCGUGAAGCGCCCGCCUGUUCCCAGUGCAGAGGGACCCGGAAGCGAUGCCACCGAGAUGCCAUGUGCUGCGAUGGAAGCCACUGCCUGAACAAUGCGUGCACGGCAUCGGAUGCCCCGGCAGCGGAGAGGCAGUCUAAGGACGGAGAGACGCGCAACACAAAGGGCAGCAAGAAGACCAAACGGCCCCACACCCAGAGAGUCAAGGAAGCACGACCAAAGAACGAGUGGGAGAGGGUGGAAAAUCGACAGGCUGGCAAAGGUCUGGAAGGGGAGACGUGCCUGCGAACUUCAGAUUGUUCCGCUGGACUGUGUUGCGCCCGUCACUUCUGGUCGAAGAUCUGCCGGCCUGUCCUGAAAGAGGGCCAGGUCUGCUCGAAACGAGGGAAGAAGGAUGGACCUCAGGGGCCAGAGAUCUUCCAGCGGUGUGCCUGCAGUCCAGGCUUGGCCUGCCGCCACCAGAACGAAGACUCGUCUCAAGGCAACUCCAGGCUACGGGUCUGCCAACGCGUCUAGUGAGGGCUGAGCUCCGAAUACUUGUUGCAGCCACGUCGCAAACUGCACCAAUUACAAUAAAACCAUUAAGCAAAGCUGUUCCAAAUGAAUUGCAGAUGCUGGAAAAAUCGAAGGUACACAAAAAUGCUGGAGAAUCUCAGCGGGUG